UCGCUUUUCCCGCCCAAAGCGUCUCCUCAGGCAACGACAUUCCCUCGCUUUUAAUUUUCUGAGGAAUUUAAACCGCCCCUCACAAAUAUGGAUAUACUCGGUCCGAUAAACAAUACAUUUUAGGCCCAUAUUCCGAACAAUAGUGUAUCAAGCACUACGUGCCCGUGCGUGUGUUCAAUUUAUAUAUUGAAAAAAUAAAUGAAAUAAUAGUUUUGGGUUCUGAGAGACCCAAGUGUUACCUGACAUAAAUUUAUUCGUUCUUUUACUUCUGGAAAUAAAGAAGAAACUUAAACUGCCCGUUGCCCUCAAAGGAAAUAAAACCUGUUCAUUUAUCCAGUCAUAACCAGAAAUGGGAAAAUUUUCCACAGCAUAGUUUUUAAACGAAUCCAAGUUUAUAUGUAUUCCAUAAAACGCAUAAAACAGAAUAAAAUGCAUUUCGCCUUUAAAAUAAUGAGUAAAAACUUGUAAAUUUCCCCCACAAACUUCAUCACAGUUUGGCAAACGGCCUUAACUGGAAAAAUCACACAGAUUUAAAAAUGUCCCAAGGGCCAAAAAACAACAACGAAAGAAAUGUGAUAAUUUCCAUGAUAUAUGCAAGAGGAAGACCAUGCAAGUAGUAUGUCCUCUGCACGAAGAUGGAAAUUUUCUAUUGGGUGACAGAGAGGAGGAACUGCUCAACAGUCCAAGAGUCAGAUUCUCUGGUUGUGUGUGACGUGGACCCAGAGUUGAAGGAGAAACUGAAGAAGUUCCGGUUCCGGAAGGAGACUAACAAUGCAGCCAUAAUGAUGAAGGUGGACAAAGACAGGCAACUGGUGGUGCUGGAGGAAGAAUUCCAGGACAUCUCUCCAGAGGAGCUGAGAUGCGAACUGCCAGAACGCCAGCCUCGAUUUGUAGUUUACAGCUAUAAAUACGUCCACGAUGAUGGCCGGGUCUCAUACCCUCUCUGCUUCAUCUUCUCCAGCCCAGUCGGGUGCAAGCCGGAGCAGCAGAUGAUGUACGCCGGGAGCAAAAACAGACUGGUGCAGGCAGCUGAGCUCACCAAGGUCUUUGAGAUUCGGUCCACAGACGACCUGACGGAGCAAUGGCUGAAAGAGCGCCUGGCCUUUUUCCGCUGAUUGGUAGGGUAAUCCUGGAGGGCUGGACCUUCAGUAAACUCCCCACUCAUAGCAGGCCCUGUAAUCUCACUCCCCCCCCCCCCAUUUCACCCUAGAGAUACCACCCUAUACUGGGUGUAUGUGGAAUAUAGGGAAAUGUAGCUGAACUACUGUCUCCAUGACCAGCGUCACCGGCUUUCCCCCGCAGAGGAAUUAAAAUGAAAUAAAGCGAUUGGACCUAAUUCUUCUUUUCAUUUUG